AGAAGAUCUGUCGAACAUGUGUUACGGUUUAACAAUCUAAUUUGAUGUUCGGCGAAAAAGUAGGAGGAUGAUUGUUUAUUCAAAAAAAUACAAGCCGUUGAUAGAGCCUACUGUGGUAGCUGCCAUGCCAACGUACCACAAUGCGGGUGGCGGAUACCCGAAUGUGUCAGCGCCAGCGCGGCAAGCGAAGCUCGACGGCAAUCAAAAUCAUCACACUAUCCCUUCAAACGUAACGUCUCAUCCCCUCAUUCAAAACAACAUUCAGCAGCAGCAGCAACAGCAGCAGCAGCAACAGCACAGCGUUCCUUCCAACUUAACUGCAAGUAGCAUUCCGUCCCACCCAGUGUCGCCGACGAUGACCACGCAUUCGAGUGUCACCACCUCGAACAUCACGACGCACAUGAACUCUUCGCCGGUGAUUCUCACCUCAAAUACCAUUAAUCCGGGCGCCAACACCACCGCAUUGCCGGCCAAUCCACGACACGAAGUGAAACUGAACGCGAUGCCAUGGUUUCACGGGAAGAUAUCAAGGGAAACGGCAGAGAGAUUGUUGCGACCGCGAGAGGAUGGUUUGUUUCUAGUUCGAGAGUCCACGAAUUUCCCUGGGGAUUACACGCUCUGUGUAUGCUACCAGGGGCGUGUACAGCACUAUAGGGUGAAAUAUAAAAACAACCAAUUAACGAUCGACGACGAGGAAUUCUUCGAAAAUCUGGCGCUUUUGGUCGAGCAUUACGAGCAGGACGCGGAUGGCUUGUGCACGCAGCUAACGAAAUCUUUGCCGAAACAGGGCAAGCAAGACUUCUGUGUGGAUCCAAAGGCGUUUGUAGAGGCCGGUUGGGUGAUUCAGACUCACGAGUUAGAGUUGAGGGAGUGUAUUGGUAAGGGAGAAUUCGGGGACGUGCUGCUAGGCGUAUAUCGAGGGGAGAGGGUUGCGGUGAAAAUGCUGAAGGAUAACAGCGAAGCGGCGCAGAGGUUUCUGGCCGAGGCGAGCUUAAUGACCUCGUUGAUUCAUGACAAUCUGGUUAAAUUACUCGGUCUGGUUUUUAAUAAUCAACACAUGUACCUGGUUACGGAGUAUAUGAGCAAGGGAUCCCUGGUGGAUUAUUUGCGGUCGAGAGGAAGACUACACGUUUCGAAAAAGGAUCAGAUUAACUUUGCAUACGAUACGUGUGCCGGUAUGGCGUAUCUGGAAUCCAGACAUGUUGUGCAUCGAGACUUAGCAGCGAGAAAUGUUCUCGUAGCAGAGGAUAAUUCCGCUAAGGUGUCCGAUUUCGGCCUGGCGCGGGACGAAAACUUUUCUCUCGACGGUGGAAAACUACCGAUCAAGUGGACUGCACCAGAGGCUCUAAAACAAAACAAGUUUUCAAACAAGUCUGAUAUGUGGAGUUUCGGAAUUCUUCUCUGGGAAAUCUAUUCUUUUGGUCGUGUGCCGUAUCCGCGAAUUCCUCUAGCCGAUGUUGUAAAGUGUGUAGAAAAAGGAUAUAAGAUGGAACCGCCAGAUGGAUGUCCUGCGGAAGUUUACGAUAUUAUGAGACAGGCAUGGGAUUUACAGCCAGAAAAAAGACCGAGUUUUCACGAUAUAAAAGUGACACUCGGCCAACUAAGAGCUGAGUACACCAAAGGCGUGAAUUAAGAAAGAAUUUAAUACAACUUAAACUAACUUAGCGAAAACUGAAAAAGCGGGAACUGAAACGCCCGAAUAAUUUCUCGAUUUCAGGAUGAGAAUAGUAAUUUUGAAUGUUUUUGUUAGAAGGGAAAGUGACAGGACUUCGAUUGUACAUUGUAUACAAAAAAUAGUAUUCGCUUUGCUUAUAUUUAUUGUUAUUUUAGUUCUCGAAAUGUGUGGGGAGAAUUUUAAUUUUUAUAUAGUAAUAUUUUGCACACACAAACAUUACCAAUGGUCAAUUGUGCCUUUGUCCAAGUUGACGUUCUCGAGCAGGAAAUUCAGCUUGUACAUAAUGAAACCCGUUUAUUCGGGAUAAAAUCAACAGAUUUAAAAGAUGCGUAAUCUGCCUACUACUUAAUUUUCGAUAGUCACGUUCGAAGUUUAUUAAUGAUUAUAAAAAUGGCUUCAUGACUAUCACAAUUUUUUCAGAGAUAAUUCAAAGUUUUUUUUUUAUUACAAAAGUGACGUAUUAUAAACUCUACAUUAAAUUUAGAUGAAUUAUAACACGUGCUACGUUAUAUAUACUAUUCAUUUCAACAAUUUCGUCCAUUUAGUUUUAAUCGGUUAGUGUUUCAUUUUUUUUUGUUGAAAUUGUGUAAAAAAAUUCAUUUGCAAUUUAUAUUGUUAUGAAUAUAAAAGAUUUGCCUAAGCAAUUUUAUAGUUAUAUAUAUUGCAAGUAAUUAAACUUGAACGUUUAGUUACUUAAGUUCUUUGAUCAAAGAUUUAUCGUAAGAAGUAUUAAUUUUUAACUAAAUUAUAUUACAGUUACAAUAUAUAUCAUUAUUUAAGUUUUUUUUUUUUCAUGAAAUUUGACUGUAUUAGUGGUGUAUAUGUAUCUCUGUAAAUAUUUUUGUAUAUAAUUUAUCCAUCGAAAAAGGAUAAUAUUUCAAGAAUAAUUGAUAUUGGUUGAGAGAAGAUUGAUAUUGAUUGACAAAAAAAUAUUCAUCUUUUUUAAGUUUUUUUUUUUUAAGUGAGACUAAUAUUAUUACGAAGGAGUGUCUAUACACAAUUGCACCACGCUAAAAAAUAUUCAUGAUCUUAUAUGGACAGUAUAUUAUUCUAUACUAUUGUUUUGUUAUCUAUCAUUUAUUUUUCAUAAAGUAUUCUGCCAACAAUAAUAACGGACUAAUUGUGACUUAUUAUAUGUGACGGCCGUAUUUCGCUAAAUAGUAGCCAUGGAGCUACAGAAAAGAUCAAAUAUUUAUUCUUUAAGAUAUCCAGCAAAUGAAAAGAUCUGUAAAAUUAUCUGUAGAUAUUAAAUUCUUGUAUGCAACGUAACUUAAAAAAAAUUACUAAAUUUUUUUCAUUAAUUAAAAAGCAAGAUAUUUAAUAUAUAUCUAUAUAACAGUCGUGAAAUACUAUGUAUUAAAUCGACACUGUAUUAUGCGAUAAUUUAUUAAACUUCGGAAAGUGACGUGGUUACUCAGUUCCUUGAAACGAAAUUUUUCAUGAUAGAAGCGGAGAUUGUCUUGACUGAUAAAAUAUUUCACAACAAUAGGUUCGAUCUUUCUCUUCCACAAGUGUCUCUUCAGUCUGCGGUUAGACAUAGUUCUGUAAGAAAUUUAGAACGUAUUUAUCUUAAGCAUGGUCCGUUUGUAACUUUGAUAUUACAAUAUGUACGUGAGGUACAUUUAUUAAUAAUAUAUUAAUAUGGCUCUAACUGAUACUUUGAAUUGCUUUUUCAUUGCGGAGCUUGAUAUUUUUAUGUAUUUACAAUCUGCGAAUAUACACAUGAGUUCUUCCAAUUAUAAAUUUCAUAUUAUUCUUGUAAAAUGCCAAUUUCAUCUCCAUUUUGUCUCUGACAUUUUCAAAUCCAAGAUAAAACAUCUUGUUAUUCGUUGAAGAGAGCAUUAUAUUUAUAUAUAUAUAUAUAUAAAACAAUGUCAAGCGUGACAUUGUUACUUGUGUAUUUUGAUAUGUACACGGGAUUUCGUUGUUGCGAUAUUAGUUUUCUUAUAACAACCAAUGUGUCUGUUUAUUUUCUACUGAUAAUCAAUCGAUUAAAAUGUAAGAAAUUUAUAAUAUAUAUAUUAAUAAAUUAGAGAGAGAUCGCAAAAUCACGCAAGGGAAUUAAACCGUACUUGAUAUGUGUUCACGUUAUAACGGUAUGGUGGGCUGCUGAUUCGAUGCGAGUGUACAGGACAUGUGACAAAUACCUUUUCCAUUCUUGCAACUCUUUUGUAGAGUCUGGAAUGAAUGAUUUUGGAAAAGCAUUGAAAUAUAUUUAUCGUCGUACUGUUAUGUCUCAAUUCUAAAGAUUCUCAUUAGACAGCUAUUGCGACGAGAGAAUAGAUCACUGACGAAAGAAUAAAAGUUAUUAAUAAAGGAAAGAAGUUACUAUAGUUA